AUGUCUAUAAAACGUCUAACACCAGAAGUAGUUCGACGAUGCUUACAUGGAGUUGGAUAUGAAAUAUUUGUUCAAUCAUUUUUCGAUUCAAAUGGAGAUGGUAUUGGUGAUUUAAAUGGUCUUCGUCAAAAACUAAAUUAUCUUUCAGAUUUAGGUAUUACAUUAAUAUGGCUUAUGCCUAUUCAUCCAGCUAAAACUUAUCAUAAAUAUGAUGUUGAAGAUUACAUGAAUAUUCAUCCUGAUUAUGGAACUAUAGAUGAUUUUCGUCAUUUAGUUAAUGAAUGUCAUGAACGUGGCAUACUAUUAAUCCUUGAUCUUGUUGCUAAUCAUACAAGUUAUGAUCAUCCAUGGUUUAAACAAGCUCAAUUAAAUUCAGUCAACAAUCCAUAUCGUGAUUAUUAUAUAUGGAUGGAUAGUGAAAGAGUGCAAAAAAUAGGUUUAAAAGCUUUUGAUACACCAGAUGCUAAUCUAGCUGGUUUAUGGCAUAGAGUUGGACCGGACAGUGAACAUUUUGAUUGGGAAGAAUUUGAGAAAAAAUCCAAAACAACUAUUGCGGUUAAUAGAGGUAGAGCAAAACAGAUCUUUCUUUAG